AUGUGGCGUGACCGCAUUGCAGGCCAAUCGACUGUCUCCGGGGGUAAUCGUAAUCCCUCCUUGCCCCGGCGUUCUUCGUCUCAGCUCUCCCAGGGCCCCUACAACACCCGUCCCGGCAAUACCUCAACAACCUCCUCGACCUCAUUACUCGUGUCACCGAAUGACUCAACUGCCUCACUUCCAGCAACCGGACGUCCAUCGAAUGGCACCGGAUUGAGGCAGACAAGUGCUCAGCGACCGCGCCCGGCGGUGGUUCCCGAUCCACUUGAGGUCUUAAAUGGAAUCAUUCGGAAGGAGAAACAGGGCAAAGGGGUUCUGCAGAUAUCCGCAAGUCCAGAAAAGCGACCAUUAGACUUAGUGAAGUCCAUUGACUUUGAAGGAUUGAGCUUGGAGGAUUUCGUGGCGAAAGCAGCCCCGAAGCCAACCAGAAAAUCCCCUGCUAGUAAUGUCAAUGCACAAACGAUCCAACAAUUCGAGCAGGAACGAGAUAAAUUCCAGGAUCUUCAUACUGCUAUCAGCGGCUGUGAUGAUGUCUCCAAGUCAGUGGAGCUGUACCUGAAUGACUUCCAGAAUGAGUUAGGGGCUGUGUCCGCCGAGAUUGAAACAUUGCAAACCCGCUCUACCCAGCUGAAUGCGAUGCUCGAGAACCGGAGAAAUGUGGAACGGUUACUUGGACCCGCGGUGGAGGAGAUUAGUAUAUCGCCGAAAGCCGUUCGUGCGAUUGCUGAAGGUCCUAUGGAUGAGAAUUGGGUGCGCGCUCUCAACGAGAUUGACGCUCGGACUACCGGCAUCGAAGCCAAGGCGUCUUCAUCAGCUGGUUUCAAAGCAAUUGAGGAUGUGCGACCACUCUUGAUCGAUGUGAGGAAUAAGGCGAUCGAACGAAUCCGAGACUAUCUGGUGUCGCAAAUUCGGGCGAUGCGAUCGCCCAACAUCAACGCGCAAAUCGUUCAACAGCAGCGAUUGGUGAAAUUUAAGGAUUUAUAUAGCUACUUAUCAAAGGUGCAUCCGACUCUUAGUGGAGAAAUUUGCCAGGCAUACAUCAACACCAUGCGCUGGUACUAUACGUCCAAUUUCACUCGCUAUCUUCAAGCUCUUGAGAAGAUCAAGGUCUAUCCGAGUGAUCGCAAUGAAGUACUUGGAGGUGAUUCCUCUACACAUAGAGCAGGAGGUAUCCUCCCAGGCAGCCGAGCUGGCUCUGCCGCACACGACCCAUUCUCUCUAGGUCGACGAAUUGAUGUUCUCCGCAACGGAAACCAACCUGCCAUCUCAUCCUACAUUGCCGAGGAGGAUCACUCCUACCAUGGGAUCGAACUGCCGUUCCGGAACUUCAAUGUUGCUCUGGUAGACAACGUAUCUGCCGAGUACUCUUUUCUCACCGAGUUUUUCUCUCCUCUGACCUUCCAUGAAAUCUCGCGCAAGGCUGGGGAGAUCUUUGAACCGGUGUUCGCCCUUGGCCGAAACUUGACGAAGAAGCUCAUCGAAAAUACUAAUGACUCGCUGGGUGUCUUAAUGUGUGUUCGUCUGAACCAACACUCGGCUUUUGAAUUUCAGCGGCGUAAAGUUCCCGUUGCAGACUCAUAUGUGAAUGGUAUCAACAUGCAGCUAUGGCCGCGCUUUCAGGUGAUCAUGGAUCUUCAUGGCGAGUCACUCAAGCGAGUUGGCUCCAACACCGGACGCAGUGCAAUGUCCGCGCUCUCCAUUGCAGGCGGAGACGAUUUGAAACAAUCGUCUGCACCGCACUUCCUGACCCAGCGGUUUGGCCAGCUCCUUCAUGGAAUUCUGGUGCUUAGCAGUGAUGCUGGUGAUGACGAACCUGUGUCAAAUAGCUUGGCUCGUCUACGCUCCGAAUUCGACUCCCUCCUGGCGAAGUUGAGUCGAAACGGCACAGACGCCAAGCGCAGAGAGCGAUUUCUUUACAACAAUUAUUCAUUGAUCUUAACCAUUAUUAGUGAUACCCAAGGGAAAUUAGCGACUGAUCAGAGAAUGCAUUUGGACGAGAUGCUUAAAAGCUGCAACAAGCGUUGA